AAUUGGAUACUUAUACAAACAGUUAAAAUAGGGGAUGUAUAACAGUGAGAGGCUUUUGUGUAGUUCUAUAGACCCACAUGCUAUACAAAGUUAGACAUGUAGCAGAGCUAAAAGAUGAAAUGAAGCACAGGAGUACAAACACUUCUUUUAAGGCCGGUGCUCGUUUUUAUUAUUUUCCCAUCCACACUUCAGCCCACAGUGUGUACACACACCACACCUUGCACUAAAAGGUAGAACCUAGUCUAUAAUUUGCUAUAAUACAAAUAUGCUCUAUAUGCCUUCUUUGUUCUUCAAUCACUGCACGCUGAUAAAGACCACGUCAUGGUCGUGGCUCCCUUUUGAAAGGUGAUACACCCCAAUGUCAAACACUGUUGUGAAAACAAGGUGUGCACCGGCCAAAUGGUCAUUGUUUGCCAUUUUAUAUCAGCACUGAAACUGGGCUCCGGUGCAAGCGUGAUGUCACACUGGGUAUAAGAGACGCAGGCAGGCGUCUGCCCUCCUGUUAGUGGAUUUAUCCCGUGACCCUCUACACUGUGAAACCACCUUUACAGGAGCAAUCUACCAACCUCAGGAGCAAUGGCGUUCCAGUCCAAUGUGAUCAGCUCGCAGCCUCAGGUCACCGUCACUCAGUACACGGUGACGUCCGGGUCCGUAGACUGGAGUUCAAACGUGUGCGACUGCUGUGAUGACUGUAGCAUCUGUCUGUGUGCCACGUUCCUCCCCUGUAUCCUUGGCUGCCAGGUGGCUCAGGACCACGGGGAGAGCUGCUGCCUGCCCUUCCUCCCAGGGGCCAUGAUUGCUCUGAGGACCAGCAUGCGAGACAAAUACCACAUCGAGGGCUCAGUGUGUAACGACUGGUUAAUCAUGGGCUGCCUGCCGCUGUGUGGACUGUGUCAGAUGGCUCGAGAGCAGAAGAGGAAAGGAUAGAUAUAUUUUUU